CUGUGACCAUUAAGUGUUCCCUUCAUUUUUUAGUGGUGAACAAACCCUCACUGCUGGAAGCACCACUAACAACACUGUGGUCACCUCUUUCAGUGGAGGCAGAAUACUCCGACUGAUAUCACAAGACCUGGACAAAUAAACCCACACCUACCUGCCUGGACUGACACCACAAACAGAUCUAAAACUGAGGCACUAUAAAUAUGAGCCCAGUUCCACCCUUACAUUCAUCUGAAGAAACAAGCCAAGAAGCCAGACAUCAACAUCGAGAUGAUCGAUACAGAAGUUGUGCUUGAAGCUUUGAACGCGCUCUGCAAUGACGGAGUAGCUAGUGUUCAUAGACAGAGAGCAGAGGAUGGGUCACUGACAGCCGACACCUCUGGAGCAGCUGCCCAGCUGCAGGAGUCCAUGCGAGAGCUGUCCAUCCAGGACUUGAUCCCUAUCACCCUGUGUGGGCUUAGAACCAGGUUCCAGAGUCCUGGAGGAACAGUUAAAGUGGAGCCAAUCUGCAGGGUCGACUUGCAGCAAGACAUCAGUGAAGACAAAAAAACUGGGCAGAUUAUCAUCGAACCAAAUAAUUACCCAUGGUCCAAGGAACAUUUGGAUCCACGUUUUAACUACGAUUUCUCCAAGUUGAAAGACACGGAGAAAUAUUACAGAGGUGGUGAGCUGUAUGAACGCCCAUGUGGUUGGCAGCGUUUUGCCCUCAAGGUCCUGGAUAAGUACGAGGACAAUACCUGGCUGGGAAACAGGUGGCGCACCACACAGUCAGUGGCAGGGGAGUGGCCGAAACAAGCCAAGAAGCCAGACAUCAACAUCGAGAUGAUCGAUAUAGAAGUUGUGCUUGAAGCUUUGAACGCGCUCUGCAAUGACGGAGUAGCUAGUGUUCAUAGACAGAGAGCAGAGGAUGGGUCACUGACAGCCGACACCUCUGGAGCAGCUGCCCAGCUGCAGGAGUCCAUGCGAGAGCUGUCCAUCCAGGACUUGAUCCCUAUCACCCUGUGUGGGCUUAGAACCAGGUUCCAGAGUCCUGGAGGAACAGUUAAAGUGGAGCCAAUCUGCAGGGUCGACUUGCAGCAAGACAUCAGUGAAGACAAAAAAACUGGGCAGAUUAUCAUCGAACCAAAUAAUUACCCAUGGUCCAAGGAACAUUUGGAUCCACGUUUUAACUACGAUUUCUCCAAGUUGAAAGACACGGAGAAAUAUUACAGAGGUGGUGAGCUGUAUGAACGCCCAUGUGGUUGGCAGCGUUUUGCCCUCAAGGUCUUGGAUAAGUACGAGGACAAUACCUGGCUGGGAAACAGGUGGCGCACCACACAGUCAGUGGCAGGGGAGUGGCCGGUGUCCUACCACGGGACGAAACAGGAACAUGUUAAAGCCAUCAUCGAAGAACACUUUACGGCAGGCAAGCGUAAAAAGUAUGGCAAAGGGAUUUAUUCGACUCCAGACAUCGACAUAGCGAAGAGAUUCGCCACCAAAUUCACCUCCAACAAGACGGCCAAGAAAUACAAAGUGAUUCUGCAGAAUCGUAUCAACCCAGAGUACAGGGAGAUAUACGAGGAAGACAACUACUGGCUGGUUCCCAUCCCCGAAAAUGCAUCAGAGAAAGAACAACGGGAGAUCGUUGAAAAGGCCAUCCGUCCUUAUGGUUUGCUGUUAAAAGAGAUAUAACAAUGAUCCUGAGUUUCCUGAGCUUUAUUUUGAAAAGCCAGAGUAUGUGUUGUCUGUGAAGCAUAUGUCUGUCUGUGCAAAAUACUCUCUGACGUAGUCGAAUGUAAUCAAGUCUCACUUGCUUGUAAGCCUAUAGAUGAAUACAUACAAUCAAUAACACCCCUGCAUGUGGUAUGUAUACUGAAUCGAGGGAGGAAAUCACUCUGAACUUCCUGUGUUCCAUUAUCAAUAAA